AUGGACCAGGACGCACAAACCUCUGUUACCCGCUGUCCUUGUUGUGGAGGCAUCCAAAAUAUUUCUGCUAAACCAAAAUCUGAUCCUUUACCUCACAAAUAUGCAAUUCAACGUAAUAAAGAUGAACUUUGUAAUUUAUUUUCUUCUAAAUUAAAUUCGAAAAAUCCAAAUUUAAUUUUUAUUUAAUAACUAUGGCUGAAGCAUAAAUAAGAUAAAAAGGUAUAAUCACAUCUGGAGUCGAUGCGAACGUAAUUUCAGAAGUUGAUUUUGCGACACCUUUGCAUCGAGCUGCUGAGAGUGGGUCAUUAGAAUGUGCUCAGGUCCUAAUAGCUCACGGUGCUCUGCUUAACUUAACAGAUUCUGCGGGCAAAACAGCUUUACAUAUUGUAAUAUUAAAUUAGGCUGCUGAGCAUGGACAUGUUAAUUUUGUUGGUUUCUUAAUAGAGAAAGGUGCUAAAAAACUGUGCUGUAAGGGCUGCAGAAAAUGCUCAAUGUACUGUAUAUACUUAUUAAAAUAAAUUUUCAUUAUUAACAAUUAUUUUUUUUAAUUUUAAAAUCAAUAUAAAUCAGCAUAAAUUAGCCUUGAGGAAAAAACAAAAGAAAGAAGCAUCUAAAAUUUUGACGCCUCCAGAUUCAGAAGACGAACAAGAAAAUGACCUUGAUAAGCUUGAUUUUAUGGCAGAACUUGAAAAACUGAGGCCAUCUCUUGGAAGUAUUUGUGUGAAUAAGCUAGGAGAUAUAAUAGACAUCUCUAACUCCCCCCCCUCCGUGAGUGAACAAAACCAUUAGAAAAAUCGCCAUUUUUUGCCAAAAAACCCACCCUCCGUGAGUGAACAAAAAAAAUUUUUUUAUGGAAAAAAAUUUUGAUAUAUAAAUGAUAAUUAAUAUAAUGAAAUCUAGAGCUAAUUCUGUUUAAUUUUUUAAAACGAAAUGCAUUUUAAAACAUAAAUUUUAUAAAUUAACUUAAUAUUUGCUUUCAAAUUUUUGCAAAUUAGGAUUUUUUUAAAUUUCUAUAUAAAUUUUUUAUAAAAUUUAUAUAGAAAUUUUUUUAAGAAAAAAAAAUUAAACCCCCCUCCGUGAGUGAACAAAAUUUUUUUGUUCACUCACGGAGGGGGGGGAGUAAGUAUAGCCCGUUCUCGGCUAUAGAUCGGCUUAGCCCGAUCUUUGCCGGGAAACUCGGGGAGUUGUCCACGUCACCUUGAGGUGACGAGUCAACUCCCCGAGAUGGCAAAUAGCCGCUAUAUGGUGAUUUGCCAACUCGGGGAGUUGACUCGUCACCUAAAGGUGACGUGGACAACCCCUCCAGUUUCCCGGCAAAGAUCGAGCUAAGCCCGAUCUAUAGCUGGGAACGGGCUGUAG